CAUGACGAGAAGGAGGAUAUCGGCUCGGUGAGAUUAUAGCCUCCCUCACCCAGAGCUCACAAGAAACGACUAAAAACAUUAGGCCUAUCAUUCAUAGGAGUUUUCUCUUCUGCAGGUCUGAGUUGUGAGAUGUGGUAUACCAACCAUGGCAAGGGGUCUGUUGCCAUGGGUCUGGCUGAGAAAGCCCAUCUACAUCCAGGCCCGCUUCUCCUACCUGCACAUGAAGUACCUGUUCUUCUCCUGGCUGGCGGUGUUCGUGGGCAGCUGGGUGGUGUACGUGGAGUACUCCUCAUACACAGAGCUGUGCCGCGGCAGGGAGUGCAAGAACGCCAUCUGUGACAAAUACAGGAAGGGGGUGAUUGAUGGCUCGGCGUGCAGCAGCUUGUGCCAGAAGGACACUCUUUACCUUGGGAAGUGCCUGUCUGCCAAGCCUAACAACCAGGUGUAUUCUGGGAGCUGGGGCGAGCUGGAGGGGAUCAUCAAGUGCCAGAUGGAGGAGGUGCCUCACUACGACCUGGUGGCCGAGAUGGAGCCCCGCAAGGAGACGGCCUCUUUCGACAAGCCCACCAAGGGCACCUCUGUGGAGAAGUUUAAGGAGAUGGUCCACAGCCACUUGAAGAGCAAGGUGGGGGAGCAGGCCAGCCUGCCGGAGCUGGUGUCCCUGGUGCUGGGGGUGGCCGACGCCAACCGGGACGGCCAGAUCUCGCUGUCGGAGGCACGCUCGGCCUGGGCACUGCUCCAGCUCAACGAGUUCCUGCUGGCGGUGGUACUGCAGGACCGCGAGCACACGCCGCGGCUGCUGGGCUUCUGCGGCGACCUCUACGUGGUGGAGAAGGUUCCGUACGCGCCGCUCUACGGCAUCAGCCUGCCCUGGCUGCUGGAGCUGUGGAUCCCGGCGGGCCUGCGCCGCAGCAUGGACCAGUGGGUGACGCCCUCCUGGCCGCGCAAGGCCAAGAUCUCCAUCGGCCUCCUGGAGCUGGUGGAGGACGUGUUCCACGGCACCUACGGCAGCUUCCUGAUGUGCGACGUCUCGGCCGGCGGGUUCGGCUACACGGAGCGGCACGACCUGAAGGUGGUGGACGCGCGGCGCAUCGUGCCCGAGGCUGCCUUCCAGGAGGCCAUGCGCGAGCGCCGCUGCGAGGCGGACGCCGACUGCCUGUACGGCGCAGACUGCCUGACGUCGUGCGACCUGACCAAGCGGCGCUGCACCACCGAGGUGACGCGGCCAAACCUGGCCAAGGCGUGCGGCGCGCUGAAGGACUACCUCCUGUGGGGGGCGCCGGCGGACGUGCGCGAGGAGCUGGAGAAGCAGCUGUACGCCUGCAUCGCCCUCAAAGGGGCCACGGAGCAGAUGGAGAUGGAGCACUCGCUCAUCCUCAACAACCUCAAGACGCUGCUGUGGAAGCGCAUCUCGCACACCAAAGACUCCUAAGCAAGGGGCUGUGUUUCUCUCGACGGCGUCGUUGCUAACUACGGGGGCCACUGACAGCUUUUUGCCUGGGCCCAAGACAAAUGCAUCAGAAUGGGCCCCUCACCCAAUACAUGCAAUGUAAUAAUGAGAAGCCAAGUUUGGGCCCCAGCUCUCCCUGGGCCCGGUACAACUGACCCCUUUGUCCUUCCCUGUCUACAUAAGCAACUAAGUAGGUUGCGAUGCAAUUUCCCAUUGACAACCAACUGAGAUACCAAGUUAGCAACGACGCUUUAGAGAAACUGGGUCCAGAGCUGUCAAAAAGUAGGUAAAAGGAAGUUCAGAAAGUGGGAAACGCCGUCACAUUUUUCAUCUAACACAGGUGACUUGACAGAGUGGCUGAUCUACUGUACCUGCCUUGACGGAGAUCUCAUUAUGAUCAGCAGACUCUAAGCUGCUUGGUUCAAAGCUGUGGCAGGGUUUUUACUUUUACUUUCGGAUGGCUCUGCCCUUAAGUGACGCUGACUGACGACACGCUGGCUGGCCGGGGCUCGCUGUAAAGACUACAAGGACAAAAUGCUGCUGCUACUGCUGCCGAAAGGUGCGAUGCGAGAGACCGGCCCCUUUUUAAAAUGUGUGAUGCCGGCUGGAUGAAGGCUGAGAAAAUGUGAAUUAGUAAUAUCCUUUUUGUCUAUCUACCACAUCACCAUGAAAUUACUAGUCUGAUUAAUUUACGAUUGUCCAAUUUGGAGAUUAUGGACCUGUUCUUGCAACUUAAAAUACCUUCAGAAGAACACCCCUCGGUGCGGACCAAAUUUGUCAAGAAAACUAUGUUUUUUGCUCCAGAAACCAAACAGAUUAAAGAACAUCAACAUUCUCCGGGGACCAGAUGAUAAUAUGAAGCCACCCAAACAUCCUACAGAUCUCUUCCACUGCACUGACAGACACAAUUGGACAAUCAAAGUAUACAUUGGCAAACACUUUUUCAUUUCAUCAAGUUGGGAACAAUGUGUUCAAUGAUUUAGAAGGUGUUUUAGUCCCUUAAAAGCAGAUUAACUGCCUAACUGCUGUAAAGCACUUUGUAAAAUUGGACCCAUUUUCCAUGACAGGUUGUUUAUCUUGCAGAUCAAAGUAACUCAAGUACUUUUUAGGUUUUGAUGAUGCCCUAUGACCUUAUCUUGUCUGUAUUGGCACGGGAGAGGUCAACUCACUGCGGUUAAAUAUUUUCAAAUUCUGUGUCAAAUGUACAUUACAAAAACACUGCAUGAUGGAUUUGCACAUUAAAUUAUGUUUAAAAGUACAUGUCAUUCCAUCUGUGCGUCACAUCCAUGCUUCUUAAUUACAUAGCACCAUCUAGUGGUCACUGUCAGGUGUGCAGGGUAGCAGUACUCAUUAAAAAGGUCCAGUUCAUUUUGAGUUUACAGACUUCAUAGUAAGAUACCGACAACUUGGAUUUUUGGCAAAACCUGCCAUAGGACACUCAGGAAAAUCCCUUUCUUCUCCUGCAAUCCCUCUUCAGCCCAUCACAUUUAUUUAACCCUUUAAGUUGUGGCCAUACUUGUUGCACGGGGAUCCCCUUGCUGGGUCUAGUGGACCGAUUGCAUUUUCAGGCUGUCAAAUCAACAUCAUCUGAACACAUUUAAAACUGGAAAACUCCAGUGAGCAGACCUUCGCCAAGGAAGCGGUUUGAUAGAAUGUUUGACUUUGUUACACCCUAAUUUUUCCAAGUCUUUCUGCCCUGUUUUUGUGGAGUUAGAAACUGGAAUGUCAACAUUUGCCCCACCCCACAAUGAAGAAUCUUUGAAAAAUUGCUGCAAAAUGUAAUCACUUGUUCCUUUUGUCAUUUCCAACUGCACAUAAUAAUCAAAAUCCGUUCCAUUGUCCUUCUGACAGACAAUUCAAUGCAACCGAAAACCUCCUUGUCUUUUCUGGUCAGAAAUUCAUUACCUCUGCCAAGGCAAAAUAUGGUGUGGAGAGGUGCAGAAGCUGAUGUUAGUAAAUAACCUUGGGAAAGAAUAGCUGUGAUUUAAGUGGGUAAAACUAAGUCACCAUUCCCCUUCAUUUUCAGAAUGUCCAGGUGAUGGAUUUUUCUCCAAUUCUUAGUCCAUGAAGAGUCUAUAGGCAGGGCAAGUCAAUCUCCUUUGGAAAUGAAGUUUUUCCUUCAGCUAAGAACAGAUCUCAGACCUUAUAGUCCUACUUCAUCCAUUACUACUGU